CCAGGCCGGGUGCAGUGUAGAUCCAAAUACUCUUUUAUUGAUUGGAUCAAAGAUACGCUUGGAAAAAGCAAGUACUUGAUUGUGAAUAAUACUAGCAUUGCAGCUGGCAAGGAAGUAUUACCUGUGGAAGCCGUUCUAUCACACAACUGUUCCAGUUACUAACAAUGAGUAUCUGAUGCCACAUCUAAACCGUAAACGGAGAUGGAAUGGAAGAAUGCAACGCAAAUUACAACCUGCCUCAUGCUUGCCACCACUGCAGUUACGGAUGGUCAAGAAUCUCGAUGUUGUUGGAUUGGAUGGAUCUGACCUGAGUCGGUUCUAACUUGUUCUCUACUAUAUUCUCGGUACCCAGUAUCUUUAGUUUUUGGUAUCAGUAGUACAGCAGAUAGCAUUGUAAACAUGCUCUCGGGGUUGCGCAAGUAUGCCUCGUUGGUCACAGUCGAGCCAUCUUUAUUUCUCUACAUGUUUGGGACGUUCAUGUUCUACCCUCUGCUGCAGAACAUGGUCUACUCUCACUAUAGCAAUGGUGCACACUCGGAUAAUGCAUCGAAUGCAUCAAACGCCUCCACUUGUGGUCUGGUGUCGUCCGUUUCCGCGCACACCUCUCACUUCAUCUUCUAUCUGACUCUGUCGUCCAUACUGCCGGGCGCGCUUUCCACGCUCUUGUUAGGUCGUUGGUCGGACUCGUCCGGUCGAAAGCUGCUUAUGGCUUUGCCAGCAGCUGGUGCUGCUUUCAAUGCCAUUGUCAGUCUACUGGUGUAUAAGCUGACAUGGAAUAUAAACAUUCUGUUACUGGGUGGACUUGGUGCUGGCCUAUUGGGCAGCUAUGCCAUGUUCAAUCAGGCAUCGUUUGCCUAUGUAGCUGACAUCAGCUCCGCUCAGCACCGAACUCGCCGCCUGGGCAUACUGGAGGCCAUGAUCUAUCUGGGCAUGACAACCGGCUCUGAGGUAGGCGGUGUGUGGACUGAGCAACAUGGCUAUGGCCCACCGUUCUGGGGUGUCAUAGUCACCCUGAUACUGGUACUGGCCUAUGUGGUGUUUGUCGUACGCGAGGCACCAUUGCCACAAUCACCAUCCCACAAGGUAUCCACCAGAAUGUACAUGGUCAGCAUACUGCAUGGCUUUCGCCUCUUCACGAAACCCAGCCCUCAGAGAAAAAGCCGUCUUGUGAUCCUCUUAGCCUUCGUAUUUGCAACCAUAAACUUCAAUGCUCUCAUCGAUGUCACGAUUCCCUACCUGCGAGAUGAUCCAUUCCAUUGGCAGUUCGAUGUGAUAGGCCACUAUCUUGCCCUGGGAAACUUCAUGCAUGGAAUCUCUGCUCUAGCAAUACUGCCUGGUCUCUUGCACCUGGGCUUAUCAGACAUCACUUGCAUCCAGGUGGGCAUAAUAUCGAGCAUGCUAUCCUUAAUAUUGCUCGGACUGGCGCAGAGAACUUGGCUUGUUUUCCUCGUACCCAUUGUUGGCACUCUGCGUGGAAUGGUGGUACCUUGUGUACGCGCGAACCUGUCGAAAUUUGUCAAGGCAGAUGAACACGGUGCACUGUUUUCGUCCAUAGCCAUAGUGGAGAUCUGCUGUACAGCGAUAGCCUCGCUGAUCUACAACAAUGCGUACCCAGCGACAUGCUCUAUCUUGCCUUCAUCACAUGGAUUUGUAUUCAUCUUGAUGUCAGUGUGCCUUCUUCCGCCGCUCUGUAUGUUCUGGUGGGUGGGGAGACAAACACCGGCCAACGAUGCAGUAUCUGUUCCAGUCGACGUGCAAGACGACGGGUUGUCUGAAACCGAUAAGCUGUUGCAGGACUCUAGUGAUGAUCCUUGACACUGCUUGCACUUUUACCAGCAUUGCAAGCCGCGUGUGCUGUAUAUAUGCUGCCGUUUGUGUUUUGGCAACUUUUGUUGUGUGUGUGAUUCUUGCAGAUGUUAUUCGGCUGUUGGGGAUGCGCUCCAUUGAUAACACAGUGCAAAGGUAUCUGUGCUUUCUCACAACUAGUUUUAAUGCCUUUUUGAGUGGUCUGUAUGUUGUUUCCAUUUUGCCGUUGUUGGCCCUUGUUUUGUAUUGCCGAACUGCAGGACAGUGUAAAGUAAUAUCUAUCUUAGCCCCCCAACGGGCUGCAAGUGCAUGUUUACGUGUACGUGCCAUUGAGCAAAUCCAUCUUGAGUUUGA